AGAGACGUUCGUGAAUACCUAACACUAUACAAUGGACGAAUGGAAAAAUAUCGACACAUACGCGUAGUCUUAACCGGCAAGGAUGAUGUCGGUAAAACUACCAUAUGUCGUCGUCUUCAGGAAAAAACUGUCAAUCUCGGGUCACGACAACCAACUGUUGGAGCUGUGUUGCGUCCUUGUUGUUUCUCAGUCGACUUGGAUUCUGGAACGUGGAAAUAUAAUGAUAAUAGAAUACUUUCUGAUGUAGUAAAAAGUCGUUUGGGAACAGUGGUGUUAAGCCGUGACGAAGACAGUGAAACUGUUUUGAAAGAAGUAGCUGGAGAAAGCACAGAACGUUUGCAACAACUAUCUAUCAAACAAUAUUAUGAGGAAGUUGACAUAAUCCCCGACGCAGAUGUUUCCAACUCUGACGAAGCGUUCCUGUCUCUGUGGGAUAUGGGUGGACACAUGUCGUUCCAGGCUUCACACAGCGUCUUCAUUUCUUCGCACGGCGUGUACCUUCUAGUCUUCCGAUUGACCGAUUUUCUAGAAGAAAAACUGGAAACAGUCCGGCUGAAAAAAUGGAUAAGAAUGAUUGGCACGUUUUCCGCAGCCGAACUGGAUGCGCAUAAAACAAGAUCGCAUGCUCCUCCAAUCAUUUUCGUCGGCACAUUUCUUGAUAAGUUGAAGAAAAACAACAAGGACUACGAUAAACAACUCAGGAACAUACAUUUAAGCAUCUCAAAAUUUCCCGAACUCUCUGCACACCGUUUUGUCAGGUUCUGUACAGUCGACAACAGUCUCGACAAUAAAGCUGAAGACCUAAAUUUACUGAGAGGUUACAUCAAAGAGGCAGCUGUUCAUCAGGAUCAGUGGGACAGACAACUGCCAGUCACGUGGCUACGACUCGAAAUGGAUUUAUUGAAAGCAAGAGAAAGCGGAACGAAGAUACUCACGUUAGCGGAGGUUAUCAAGAUGAACGAAUCAUCUUUAGUAAAAUUGUCCGGUGUGGAUGAGAUCAAACUUGCCCUGGAAUACCUUCACUGCACCAGGUCUGUGAUUUAUUUUCGGGAGUUUGAUUACAUCAUCACCGACCCCCAGUGGCUUGCUGACUUCUUCAGUAUCUUUCUUACCGAUGACCAGUUUCUCCCGAGUGACGACCCCCUGAUGACCCGAGACCUGGAUCUGUACACAACAAAGGGCGAAUUGACUCAGAAAUUAAUUGAAGGUCUUCUGAAGCUGACAAAGAAUCGUGCUUUCAUUCCAUAUCAAUCCGUUCUUUUGGCGCUGAUGGAAAAAUUUGGAUUGAUAGUGAAAAUGGUGACGUCGUCAGGAUCCGCAACUAAACAGUUCAGUGAGACGUAUACGAUCCCUAGCAAACUGAUGGAGCUGCAAAACAUGGAUGUGAUAACCAGUGCAGUCACCAGCCUGAAGCGCAGUCUUCGCGCCAUUUCUAAAGCGUUAUGCUUCGUAUUCACCGAUGUAUACGUACCUGACGAGUUGUUUCACAGAAUCUUCGCCCACAUCCUUAGGAUGUACACUCCAACAUCACUGUCAACACGAAGCCUCCAAACUACGACUGAAAUAGACCAGACGAGGCCGAGACGUGAACACGUGUGUCUUUAUAGAGGUUUUGGGUGUUUUGAGGUCAACGACAUCUGUAGAUUUAUCAUUUCCAUGCAUCCAGAGAGGUCCACAAUUGUUGUGACUGUAUUCAGUCCAACGGAAGCCCAUUUCCCCGCAGAUAGUGGAAAACAAGUCAGACUCUCAAUAGAAGAAAUUAUUCGUGACGCCUUGGAAAUGAGUAACCAGCAACACUUUCAGUAUACACAUCAACUACACUGUAACUUCUAUCUGAGUCCAUACGACACCCCUGUACACCGGUACGGCGUCAUCAACUCGAUGGGCGUACCCUGUAAAGGGGAAGAUUGUCAAAAACGGCACAUACUGUCGAAAACAGACACCUCAUUUUGGAACAUAACACAGGAUUCCGUUCAAGCGAAAGGGUCAAACAUUGAAACGACGAAUGGUGACACGACAUUUCCAAACAGAAGGCCAACCGCGCGGGAACUUGGUCGCUUGUCCUAUAUAGUAAGCGCGUCUUCUUAUGAGCUGCUGUUUGUUGAGCUUGGAGUUCCUUACCCAGAAAUCGAAUGCAUGGAACUUGAGUCAUCAGAAUUAGCGGCAGUUACUCUGAUCACCAAGUUGUUUCUGAAGUGGACAAACAUCUACCCGAAUCAGACAUUCCAUCACAUCGUCCUGGCUAUGAAGGAACAUGACAUGGCAACUGAUCGGAUUGUUGAAACAGUGGAAACAGAACUAGGACCACAAGGCGAAGUUCCUAGAGAGGUUUCGGACAGAGUUCCAACUGAUUAUGAAAUCCAACUCAUCAUCAAACACAUCGGCCGCGAUUUCUUCAACCUCUGCUUGGAGAUCGGAUUAUCACCUCCAACCAUAGAGCAACAAAGAUGUUGUAAUCCUAGCCACUUUGGGGAAAUGAUGACAGCUCUUUUGCAGUGCUGGAAGAGGACUUUCCCUAAGGAGGCUACUAUAGGCAGGUUGUUGACGGCCAUGAGAAUGUGUCGCAUGGACUGGCAUAAAACAGCACAAGUCUUGAAUAAGUGAAUGUAUCAGGGA